CGCACCUCAUGCCGACUGCUCCCGCCCGCCGCGGCGCCGCGCCCGCGCCCGCCCCUGCGCCGCCGGUGCAGGACGGCGAGGCGCAGCAGCGCCAGGCGCGCGUGGACGCCGAGGUGGCCAAGGUCCGGGCCGAGAUCCGGGCCGCCAAGGAGGCGGAGAAGCACGCCAUGAGGCUCUCCGUGUACCACGAGGCCGGGAGCGAGGGCGCCCGCAGCGCGGUGGAGGAGGCCAGGCGGCUGGCGGACGUGGAGGCCAUGGCCAAGCGCGCCGCGGAGAUGAAGGUGACCAGGCAGCUGGCGUCGGACCGCGCCCGGGCCGCCAAGAAGGCGCACCGCGCCAGGGAGAAGGCCGCCGCCGCCGCGCAGGCGGCCAAGGAGGCGGACAGGAAGGCCUCGGCGUCGGCCGACAUCGAGAAGGACUGGCUGGACCGCACUCCGGGGGCAUGGGGCGCCCGGGCGUGA